GGUGAUAGCCUUUACAAAGAUAUGUCUGUGUGAUAAUGUAGAGGGAAGCCCACCCGAAACCUCAUCUUUCUCGACUUACAUAUUGUAUUAUAUUGUCAUACCUGGAUUUUUACCUGUGGAUCCACCUUGAUACCCUGUUGAAUUAUACAAGGGUGAGACGGCCCAUACAUCAUUUACCUGAGGUUUUUUUUUCAGUUGUACUUGUGAUUUAUGAAGGUAUUGAUAAAAAAAUGGUAUAACCUAAAUAAUAUCAGCUAUCAAGGACCAUCUGGUGAGUGGGUUGACUACUGGGACAUUACCUUGUAGAGCUGGGACGGCGAAGCCAUACAACUGUGGCUACCCAAAGACUGGUCAACAAACUGUGGACACGGAUAUGCCGUGUAUGUCUGACAAGGAUUUCCUAGAAAUGCAAACUCCUGCGAAAAUCACGUGCAGAGAGGGUAGCAUAGAUACGGAUCGUGAGUCCAUAGAUACCAGUAGUACGUCCCCGGAUAUUAGCUCGGACGAACGCCGGAAAUAUCGGAAACGCGGAGUGAAACACGAACCCAACAGGGAGGACAGUCCCGCACUGAAUAGUCCCGCAUUUACCGAUGACGAGAGCAUUUUGGAUGAAGAGGAAAAAACCGGAAAUGGUGACAUAACAUCCGAUGAGCAACAGAUUCAAAAGAAGACUGUUGCGCAGAUCAUGAGGGACAAGAAGAAACAGACGGCACUCACGCUAAAAUGGCUAGAAGAAAACUACUGUAUUUGUGAAGGCGUGUGUCUACCCAGAUGUAUUCUGUACGCACAUUACCUCGACUUCUGUCGGAGAGAAUCCUUGGAGCCGGCAUGUGCAGCAACAUUUGGCAAGACGAUUCGUCAGAAGUUUCCACAUCUCACGACAAGACGAUUAGGAACACGAGGUCAUUCCAAAUACCAUUACUACGGUAUAGGGAUCCAAGAGACUAGCCAAUACUACCACUCAGUAUACACUGGAAAGGGUCUAACCAGAUUUUCUGGAUGCAAACUUAAAAACGAGGGAGGUUUCACACGGAAAUAUACAUUAAGUUCGAAGACGGGAACACUGCUGCCCGAAUUUCCCAAUGCGCAAUAUCUUAUUCUUCCUCUUUCAGUCCCGCGGGAAAAGGUAGAGACGUUCGUGAUGAUGUACAAGACCCAUUGUCAAUGCAUUCUUGACACGGCCAUUAAUGCCAACUUUGAAGAGAUUCAAAAUUUCCUGCUUCAUUUUUGGCAAGGCUUGCCUGAACACUUACUCCCUUUGGUGGAAAAUCCUGUGAUUAUUGAUAUAAUUGCCGUCUGUGACAAUAUACUUUACAAGGUGUUAACUGAAGUCCUGAUCCCAGCUACAAUGCAAGAAAUGCCAGAAACAUUACUAUGUGAUCUAAGGAACUUUGCUAAACAUUGGGAGAAUUGGGUAACCACGUCAUUAGAGAACCUCCCUGAUCUUUUAUCCGAAAGCAAACUUCCGGUUGCAAGGCGGUUCGCCCAAUCCAUGAAAAGACAAAUAUCAUUUCUUCACCUCGCUCAGACAGCCCGCCCAGUGCUAUACGACGCCCAGGUUGUCAACCAAAUGAUUGCUGAUGUAGACCGGAUAGACCUCAAUAGCAUCGGCACGCAUGCGCUAAAUACAAGCAGCGACGGAGAUAUCGAUACAGAACUUAACGCAGAAUUUCUAAGAGAGUUCAAGGAAUUAUUACGUAAACAGGCGACAGUAGAGGCGUGUACGGAGUGGCUGGACGGAGUGGUGGAACUAAGGGUCAUUAAGCCCAGUAAACAAAAUGGCAGAUCCUUUAAAAAGCGAGCGUCGUCGUUCCUAUUGAAGUGGUCCUUUUUUGGAGCAAGAAUCAUGCACAACCUUACCUUGAACAACGCUACGUGUUUUGGGUCAUUUCACCUGAUUCGGAUGCUGUUGGACGAGUAUGUACUGAUGGCCGUGGAGACCCAGCUAGCUUUGGAAAAGGAUACUGAAAUACAGUCUUUACUAGAGAAACACAUGAAGACAGAUGAUACAGGUCUUCGGCCCAAUCUGUCCACUCAGCCAAGCACGUGCUUCCUAGCCACGAGACGGGACAUGACCCCGAGAAGUAACAUGAAUAACGUGAAGCGAGAACACUUCCUGGAUCCUCAAUUUAAUGGAAACGGGCUCUACAUGGGUCUUAAUCACGAGAAGGACGGUCAGGCGAUGAUGUCCAAUCACCAUCUUAAUUCUCUCACCGCCAUGACACAGGCUGUACCCGGAAAUAACAAUUUGCUGGGACAACAUACGCCUCAUUCUACACCACCUAUAUCACCCAUUGUCGUCAACCCCAUUAGGAACACUGUCAUCAACUCGAACCUUCCCUAUAGCAAUAGUAACCAGUCAUUAAUGGGACCAGGAUAUCCAUACCUAGGUCAACUUCCGGAUUACACAGGAGCCCCUAACUACGGUCUCGGAGGAUAUAACAACUCCUACGCGUCCAGUGCCUUCCGGUCACAUAUCACACACUCACCCUAUACCGUCGGCAAGGACCUCGACGCCGGAUAUCCGCCGUUUGGAGAUGCUGAUUUUGGAGCCGAAUCUUUCUUCAAUCCUUCGUGCUAUACUAGUAUUUCUCAGUCAGGUUAUUCUACGUCCAACGUCCAUAACCAGGGUAGCAGUGCUUUCAACGUCGUACAGAGUAAUCCACCCUUUAACACUUCGUAUUCACCUUCAGAUUACUACAAUCCCAGCUACCCGCAGCCCUCUAAGCCCUUGGUGGAACACGUGUCUGUGAUCCAGCAGAGGAAUCCUAUCCCGUCCCCGUAUCACAACGACAUGAGCGAUCCUCUGAACUUAUUGGACAAGCCACAACGUCACAAAGACCUCCAUCUCUAUACCAACGGGAGCCCCGCAAGUUGUCACAGUCCAAGAAUGCAUCACGACGGUUUGGGUCAGGAUAUCAUUGGAAUGGCGGUCAGUGGCAUGCUGACCGCUGACCACGACAUGACCCCUAACUACAACGACCCUGGACCCCUACCCUCAAUCAACACGGUAUUUAUGACGUGACAAAAGCUCAAUUAGUACGAGUUUAAAGUAACUAAAUCCCCGCAUUUCGGAACGCGGCCUGAAAGCAGAAGAACGGAGAAUUCAAAUCCUGGCCAGGUUAUUCUAGAGGUAGUGUUAACCGGAUAAAAUCUUGGUAUUAUUUUCCGGGAUGCAGAGUAAGAAACGUUCGAAUCCUGGUCACGGCCCCAAAGAUGCGGUGGAAAAUCGAUUCAAAUCUUGCUCACGUAAUCCUCGCUAUAAUGGAUAAAACAAUUAUAAUCCAUGUCUUCUCGGUAUCCUAGAUGCGGUGGGGGAAACGAUUCAAAUCCUUAUCAUAGCCUUCCAGGUGCAGAGGAGGAAGAAGCACUUGUAACGACAUCCAAAUAUCAGAGGAGGCGAACUUAAAAUGUUAAUCUAAGGAUAUUGUUUGACGAAGAAACAUUCCAUAAAGAUGUCCAACUGAAGUCGUGUGCACUAAUACCGUACAUGUGUCUAACUGAUGAUACUCCAGUAUCUAAAUUAGCAUUACGACUGUGCCAAAAUGUUGAGAUGAACUGUUGAUUUGCGUGAAUAUGUAUAUUUCUGCUGGAAUUUUUACACGAUGAAGAAAGUGUGGUAUUGAAACACGAAAGUGACGUUCAAAGGGAGGCAAUUCCGACUAAAAUGGAUUUUAAACUCGGCAAUAGUAGUUUUUGUGCAUGCGGUGUUUCCUACAUUGCUUAUUACUAGAACGUGAGAAUACAUGAAACUGAUUUCUGUGACAAAGUGUAAUUGAGAGAGACAUCUUUGAGAUUUCCUUUGAAUGAAAAUGUGACCGAUAGGUACUUAACAGAUAAGCAGAGAUAGAAACGAAAAUUAUGUAUAAUGCAUAAAUAUAAAUAGAUCUUGCCAAUCAACCUAUCCAUGGUUUUGUAUUAAUGAAUAUAAUAUAUAUUAUACUUAAUAUGUUUUACUGGUGUUAUAAGCUUGUGUAAAACAAGUAUCAUUAUGUGUAUUUAAUUAGAGAAUUGUGUCUCGGAGCUGGUGCAGAUCUGUUUUAACACACCAUUGUGUGCUUAUUGUAUAUAAAAAUACUGAUAUAAUCACAGGCAUUUGAAUUAGCUAAUACAAAAUUGGUCACCAUUUAUUUUUUAAAUACAUGUACAUAUAUAUUUAUCUAUAAUACAUCAAAUAAGAGGGAAGAUCAGUGUCCAGCCGCAUCAAAUAAACGUGUUUCUUACUUUAAUUACUGUACUUGAUGACGGAUCGUUUUAAUUAUUAUUAACAAAUAAUUAUAUAUACUAGCUUAAUUCAAGUGCCUGCGCUAAUACGUAGAUUUUAUGGAUUGUGAUAUAAUGUAAAUAGACACCAGGUGCUAGUGGUCUUGCCGUAUUGUAACAAUAGUGAUUCAGCAAUAAUGACUGUGUUUCCCUUUGAAUUGUGCUCCCUACCUACACAUUACUUAUAGAUGUGUGUCACUGCUGGAAUAAUUCUGUAAAUUAUCAAUGUUGCGGUGUUAAUAUAUUAUUAACGCGACACUUAGUACAUUUACGGUUUUUCAGUUGAUGCAUAAUCGUGAAAAUAUCAGUUGGUGAAAAUUAACUGAUAUGCGGUAUUUUUAAAUCGACAUGUUUAACAUAAAUGUAGUCACUGUACCUUACUGCUGAAAUAUAAGACUCUCGGACAAGUAAUUGUACAUUUUGAGCAGUUUGUUUGACGAAAUAUUCUGGAUUGCCUUUCUUGAUAACCUCCCCUAAUAAGGUGAGAUAUAUAAAAACAAAUAAAAGCAAAAAACACAACGUCAACAAUAAGACGAGAUCUGAACCCAAAAUCGAUAUGAAAAGACAACAACGGGAGUUAAAUAGACAAUAAAAUAAACGAAGUGAUAUAAUAAAACACCGUUAAAUCUUGAAAGUAAACCUAUUUGUUCCCGGAGGGAAAGCAUUUCAUGUAAUAAAAGUAGCGCCUAACAUACAUAAAUGUAAUACGUACAAUGGACAUUAUGUGGUUCAUCAGCGAUCUUAAGGCACAGUGAACAGGUCUUUAAUUAUAACUAUCAAAACCGUCGCGUUGGCUUUUAAGGUCAUUAUGGCGACUGUAGAACUUCUUCUAUCGAACCACAAACAUCUGUCUUAAUUUUGGGGAAGUGAUAAUGAAAUAUCAGUUAAAUUUCAUCUUUAUAUACCAGAAAAUUUAGUCAAAAGCUAUUGCUAUGAACACAAUGACUCUUUGAGGACAUCUGGUGACGCCUUCAAUUGUUUUUAUAAGUUCUAUAUGUCUUUUGGUUCGUUUUAAUGUCUCAACCGUUCUUGUUAAAUAGUUUGUUCGCAUCCUACCAUUUAAGUACUUGUAUCUUGUUUACGGUUUAUCACAGAAAAGUGUAUGUUUUCUAUGUACAUUCAUGCUAGAUUGUGGACGUGAAAUCAUUUGAAUGUAUAUUUCAUUUCAAAUAUGUAACGUUUUACAUGUUUACCUAGGAGCCAAUCCUUUUUAGCAAUACAGAAGUUUCUGGAAGUCUUCAACCGCAAGGAAACAUAAAGAAUCAAGCAACUCCGCAAUGUCUCAUUGAAAAAAUACAUAUUGUCUCAAAAUUACAAAAACAAAACAAAAUCGCCAUUUAUCGUCUUUACCGUGAAUUCGUGACGUCUUCUUAUUGUUGCCUGUGACGUCAUAUUGGGUGUUCUAAUAUGUAUCAAAAGUCAUAUGAUCGUCAUGAUAGACUUUAUGGCAAAGUCAUAUAACAAAUGUGCCGUUUAAAUAAUAUCUUAAUUCUGUCACUUGCAAUAAAAGGAAAGAGCAAUUUAACAUUGAUAGAUGCUAUUAUGUGAUUAUCAAGUAUUAAUUUCUGAAAUGCAAUACAUGUACUAAAAUAUAAACUCCUGGCAAUGCUUUCUGUAAAAUUACAUUGUCUCUGGCCGGUGUCGUGAGUAAUAAUAGAUACCCUGCAAUGUUUCCAUAACUGCCGUGAGUAACAAAUUGUACUUUCUAUUUGAAUUAGAAAAGAAAUAGUAACCAUUAACAUAAUGAAACAAUGUUAAAAUGAAAUCUGUAGUUCAUAGAUGUCUGUCUCAAUAUAUACACUGUAAGUUUCCAUAUACAUGUUAAUUUUCACAAGGUUGCACAUUCAUGAUAUCUUGAAUAACAACAGCUGCUUCGACCAUGUUGAAUAUUUCAUGGGGGGGGGGG